GUGACAGGUUCCUACACAGAGGAGAGAGGUGCCGGGGAAGCGUGUGUGUUUGUGUGUGUGUCUGCGCAAGUGUGUCCGUGUGUGCACAAGGGUGUGUGAGAGCAGUGACACUCUGGGAAGGGUUAACUCACAGUCAGGCUAUCUGUGCUCGGGGCCCCAAGACUGGCCCGGGAACGGGAGGGGUGGGCUCGGAAGGUGGAGCUGGCUUGGCUCACAAGAGCUGCCUUUUCCAAGACAGGAGUGCAGAUACUCGCCCAGCUGGACCGAGCGUGGUGAGCGCACGUCGCCUUCAGGAAUGGCUGGAAAAGCCCGCACCUGGAGACCCCUCCCUCCCUGUCCCUCCAUGGCAGGUCGCAUUUGGUCUCUCCGGUCAUCAGAGGAAUGAGCAAUUCCCCGACUCGCGGCACUUGGAGAACAGCAGACAAGGAUGGAUGUGAUCGACAGCCUUCUCAUGAAUGGGAGCAACAUCACCCCUCCCUGUGAGCUGGGAAUCGAAAAUGAGACACUCUUCUGCUUGGAUCAGCCCCAUUCUUCCAAAGAGUGGCAGCUGGCUGUGCAGAUCCUCCUGUAUUCCUUGAUAUUCCUGCUCAGCGUGCUGGGCAACACCCUGGUCAUCACGGUGCUGAUUCGGAACAAGAGGAUGAGAACUGUCACCAACAUCUUUCUGCUCUCCCUGGCCGUCAGCGACCUCAUGCUCUGCCUCUUCUGCAUGCCGUUCAACCUCAUCCCCAACCUGCUCAAGGACUUCAUCUUCGGGAGUGCUGUUUGCAAGACUACCACCUACUUCAUGGGCACUUCGGUGAGCGUAUCCACCUUUAAUCUGGUGGCCAUAUCUCUGGAAAGAUACGGUGCAAUCUGCAAACCCUUACAGUCCCGGGUCUGGCAGACAAAAUCGCAUGCUUUGAAGGUGAUCGCCACUACCUGGUGCCUCUCCUUUACCAUCAUGACUCCAUACCCAAUUUAUAGCAACCUGGUGCCUUUUACCAAAAAUAACAACCAGACCGCAAACAUGUGCCGCUUCCUACUGCCGAAUGAUAUGAUGCAGCAGUCCUGGCACACGUUCCUGUUACUCAUCCUCUUUCUUAUUCCUGGAAUCGUGAUGAUGGUGGCCUAUGGAUUAAUCUCUCUGGAACUUUACCAAGGAAUAAAAUUUGAUGCUAUCCAGAAGAAGUCUGCUAGGGAAAGGAAACCGAGCAGCAGCAGCGGCGGCAGGUACGAGGACAGCGACGGCUGUUACCUGCAGAAGCCCAGGCCCCGCACCCGGCUGGAGCUGCAGCAGCUGUCCAGCAGCGGGGGCGGCAGCAGAGUCAACCGCGUCAGGAGCAGCAGCUCGGCGGCCAACCUAAUGGCCAAGAAGCGGGUGAUUCGCAUGCUCAUGGUCAUCGUGGUCCUCUUCUUCUUGUGCUGGAUGCCCAUCUUCAGCGCCAACGCCUGGCGGGCCUAUGACACGGCCUCAGCCGAGCGCCGCCUCUCCGGGACCCCCAUUUCCUUCAUACUCCUGCUGUCCUACACCUCGUCCUGCGUCAACCCCAUCAUCUACUGCUUCAUGAACAAACGGUUCCGCCUCGGCUUCAUGGCCACCUUCCCCUGCUGCCCUAACCCUGGUCCCCCAGGGGUGAGAGGGGAGGUGGGAGAGGAGGAGGAAGGCAGGACCACGGGGGCCUCCCUGUCCAGGUAUUCUUACAGCCACAUGAGCGCCUCUGCCCCGCCCCCGUGAGCUGUCCCCAGCGCCAGUGCCUCCGCAGGAGGGGGUGGAGGGGGGAGAUGACAAGGAGGGUUCCAUUUCCAGUGGGAAUUGCUCACUGUCUGCUUUUCAUCCUUCAUCCGGGUUCCAAGGGAAGUCGACGGAGGCUGGGGCCUGCACUCGGUUUCUGGGCGACUGGAGGCAGGAAAUGUUCAGUGACAGUCACCAUCAGAAAAACCUCAACAGGCCAGUAACAGGAGUCCAGCAAGGCUCGUGUUACAAAUGCAACUGCCAAACACACGUUCAAAAUGGCGAUGCGGACCCUAUUUAAGCUCUAGAAGUUUCCAGAACAUCCAAGGCGAGCGAGCUCUCACUCCCCAUAGGGACACACUUCUCUGCUCUGCCUCAUCUGCCCACGCAGGACUGUGGAGGCUGCUGUCCUCCCCCCGGAGAGUCUACGGCUCACAUACUGUACCCAACCGUCUCACCACCAUCACAAAAGGUAACAUGAAACAGAGACUCUUCUGGCCAACAGCCUGGCUCUUUCUUUUUGAGGUUGGUGAAGGACAUUCAGAGACACAACCUUACGCCAUCACUGUCAUCAAAACAGCAAACGGAUUGUUGUCUAAAAGAUGGAAUUUAGAAUUUAUGUCUCUAAAAAAAAAAAGGGGGUGUGUGGCAAGUAGCUGGAUGGAGUGCUAUCCUCCCAUAGUGAAUAUUUAAGAGCCAGAAGGUACAUAGACAUUUUUUUUUGCUACUUUAAUGGCCUGUAUUAUAUUGAACCCCAUGGCUUCUUUGCCUCAACUUGAUUUCCCAUAUUCAUCUGGCAUUUCCUCCCUUUCAGAAAGACUCCAGGUACAAAGGUGAGUUGCAACCGAUGUGUUCCUGUCCAAGGGAGGAAACAGAAACAUGUAUAGUCAGUCCCAGAAUAAACACUGGCAUGCUUGGACUCCAUUCUCAAAUAGCUUUGAGUGUCAAAGCUGUCUGUGCCAUCAAAUACAAUCUGUGCAUUUGUUAAUAAUUGUAUUAAUUUUAUGUAUAAGUAUAAAGCAAACAUAUAAGUAUGCUCUUCACAUAGAAGUAUAUUCUUUGGUGUUUAAAAUAAGAAAAAACGAGUAGGAAUGGAU